CAUUAAACGAAGGAAAGAUCAUGUAAAAAAGUCACUAAAAUGGUAUCAGUGCAGGUGGCGUCUGGUUAUCAGGUGGACCUAUAACUUUGGAUACGGAUCAGGUCAGGACCUCCUAUGCUUCCCGGAGGAUGAUAUAGAUCGGUAUGUAGGGCAGGGCGCCUUGGGCUUCUCUCCCUGGGGCAGCCUUGAUCCUCAUCACUGGGAUGUGAAUAUUCCCGUCCUCACUUGGCUGAAAAGGAAACUAAAGUUCAGAAAAUUGAUCUGCCCCAAGGCCACCAUGAAGGCACUUGGAUUUGAGCCCAGGUCGCCUGACUCUAAAUCCCACGCUCUUUCCACCAGAACAUGAUGCAGGCUGGGAGAAACCAACCUGUCUCAACUGAGACAGUGGAAGAAAUGGGGACUGAGGGCAGGAGAUCAUAUAGAAAGGAAAAAAAUGAAGAAUAAAAGAAAGUAUAGAAGAAAAGUAGGAAACCUCUUUUCUGAGUAUGAGUAGAAUCACAGAAGAAAUUGCCUAGAAAAGAGAAGAUAAUCUGACUUGGGAAAUGGGAAAAAUUCCUGGGAUUGAAAAAAAUUCAGGAACUAGAGACAGAAAAUCUGGGUUUAGAAGCUAGAGCAGGGAUCUCCAGGGGGAAGAUGAAGACACCUGCACCUUUUGCUUUGGGUCUGAGAGGAGACAGCACUCAAUUACCGACCUUCCUCUCUGGUCACCUGACUCGUGCUGGUAUAAAAGCUCUCCACCACCCAGGUUCCCUACGACGUUUUCCCGUGUGACAUGCGCGGAGGCAGUGGCUAAGGCUCUGUUCCUCUCUCCCAGGAACCUUCAGACUUUCCUUCAGGACGACCCAAGAGGCCAUCCACCCACAGUGAAGACAAGGCAAGGCAGCUGGCUUGGGAAGUGAGGCCAGGAUCAGAAUUGGAGGGGAGGUGCUGGGGGCUGGAGGAGGCCUGUCAGAAACUGAAUGGAAGGGUCAUGCCGGGAGACAGGAGCCAGCAUCAGGGCAAGGAAGCUUGGACCGGGACAUCCAGCCCGGAGAGAGGAUGGAGGGGCCAGACUGUGUGUGGGCAGCGAGGGUUACAACCAAGUGGAAACUGAGUCACCCCACUGAGAAGAGUUCUUUGGUUUAUAGUCAAAACACCACACUGGGGAGCCAGUUACUGCCCGUGGGCUUUUCUGAAUAUUCUCUAAAGUCUCUCGGGGAACAAGCCCCAAAGGAUAGUGCUGGCUCCCCGUUCCUCCUGCUUCCCCCUCUCUGCACCUCACCAACUUCCCCUUUUCAGUAUAGGCCCGGAGUCUGGACAGCACUGGACGGGGAGGAGAAGGUGAAGGUGGAUCUGCGUUCUGCAAGAGGAGAGGGAAACGAGGUAGGGAGAGGGUUGGGGGCUGGGCACCUGCUUCCUGGCGGGUGGUGGGUCCCAGGGCCAGGUUCUCACAGCCCAGGUCUCCUGAGAGACCUCUUAUGGCUCUCUCCUCGGUGUGAUGAGGCUUGACCUUUCUCUCCACAGGUCUCUGACUGAGGAAGUGACCUAAGAAAAGUCGGAAACUGAUAGCAGUAACUUCCUGUGUCUGUGAGGAGAGCAGAGAGGCUGGGAAACCGGAGGGGGAAUUCCCUUGGGAAGCCAAGGGUUGGUCUCCCCCAGAGACACAUGACAGCAAACGUAAUAACUACUGCUUAAUUCCCGCCCAAGGCAAAGUCAAUAAUUGCUCUGGGCAGCCCUGGCGGGUGGUGUGAGCCAGCAGUGGUGGCAGCGGAAAGCCUUGGCCUGGGAAGAGGAGCGUGCCAGGGAAGAUGUCCACAUCCUGAGCCAGAGGAGCAUCUGCAGGCUGUGAGUGGGGCCUCCUGACCCUGCCCUUUCUCAUCCUCUUCCAGAAUGAUCAUGCCAAGCUCCUUGAUCGUCGUGUUCUACAUCAUCAUCUUCGUCACUGGUCUCCCUGCCAACCUGGUGGCCCUGUGGGCCUUCCUGAAGCGGGUCCGCCAGCCGCACCCUGCACCCAUCCACAUCCUCCUGCUCAACCUGACGCUGGCGGACCUCCUGCUGCUGCUGCUGCUGCCCUUCAAGAUCAUCGAGGCCGCGUCUGACUUCCACUGGUAUCUGCCGGAGGUGGUCUGUGCCACUGUGGGAUUUGGCUUCUACAGCAGCAUCUACUGCACCACGUGGCUCCUGGCGGCCAUCAGCAUCGAGCGCUACCUGGGAGUGGCCUUCCCCGUGCAGUACAAGCUGUCCCGCCGGCCUGUGUAUGGAGUGGUUGCUGCUCUGGUCGCCUGGAUCACGUCCUUUGGUCACUGCACCAUCGUGAUCAUCGUUCAGUACUUUAACUCAACCCAGAAGGCCACAAAUAUAGAAGUUACGUGCUAUCGGAACUUCACCCAGGAGCAGCUGGAGGUGGUGCUCCCCGUGCGGCUGGAGCUGUGCCUCGUGCUCUUCUUCAUCCCCAUGGUGAUCACCAUCUUCUGCUACUGGCGCUUUGUAUGGAUCAUGCUCACCCAGCCCCACGUGGGGGCCCAGAGGCGGCGCCGAGCUGUGGGGCUGGCUAUCGUGACGCUCCUUAAUUUCCUGGUGUGCUUUGGGCCUUAUAACAUAUCCCACCUGGUGGGGUUUUACACGAAGGAAAGCCCCAAGUGGCGGGUGGAAGCUGUGGUAAUCAGUGCCCUCAACGCCAGUCUGGACCCACUGCUUUUCUAUUUCUCUUCUUCCACUGCGCGCAGAGCCUUUGAGAAAAGGCUGCAGGUGCUGCAGGGCCCAGGCUCCUCCCUGCUGGGACUCAGAGACAGAGGCUCCGUGGAGGUGACCAACAGGGUCGGGGGUUUGAGUCAAGUAGAGGGAGCACCCAGUUCCGACUUCACCACAGACUAGGGAUGGGACCUCUGGACCUUCUGGGCUACGGGUGAGCUGAGCAGGCUGGGAGAGGAGAGCAUGAGGGUGUCUGUCCCACACUCAGGAAUCCUCAGACCCAGGCCACAACUGGGACUGCAAAAAUCUCUCUCACUCGCCUGGUAUCCCUUCCUGACUGAAUUUUCCUUCUCAAAGGAGCACAGCUCCAUGACAAAAGCAGAAAUGGUUAGGCAUAGCAGCAGUAUCAGACCAGAGUUUCAAAAGCAACACAGCUAAUGCGAAUCCAGUCCUUGUGAGGCGGGUGGUGGCGGGGGAUGGUCGGGCUGAAGCACAGAGUCCUAAAGCAAUCUUGCUGCAAGCUCUGAAACAACUCCUAGACACUGGUCUGGCUGUUGAUGCUGGAAGGAAGCCAACAGGGACGAGAUGGAAGAGAAAUACUAAAUGAGGUCAAAGACGACUUGGGAAGGUCCUGAGCCAAGUGGACGAGGAGGGAGGACUCGGGGCUAAGACCUCUGAGGAUCCAGGUCUGCGCUGUACCGAUUUGACCCGCUGCUUUGUAAGUACGCUCCGGUCGUCUUCAUGUGUGUAUCUGCCUCCCCUAUUAAAGGGAGCUGCCUGAGGUCUGGGUCUUGUCUUCUUCCUCCACGGCACCCCACACAGGUCAGGACACAGCGUGGCACCCGGCAGUCAGAGGUCAGCAAUGACUAGCACAGGAAAAGAACACCUGAUCUGGCAGAUUGAAAACAAAGAUAAUAGAACUCUGAAGUGAGUGCCCACAAUCUGUGUAACCCUUCUGCAAGCACAGGGAGGGCAAAAGCGGGGUGGACAAGCCGACUCAGCAGCAGAGGGGGCAGGGAUGCAUCUGAGGCCGCAGCAACGCCUUAUGGUAAUGAUGUAACGAGAGGAAGAGAGUGAGGGCACUGGUGGAAUCCUUUUAGAUGGAUGGAGAGAGACCGGACUUAGAAGGAGGACGUGGGGUGAGUCCUGCCUCCAAGGCGCGUCACAAGGGCUUCAAACACCUUACCCUCCUGCUUAGAAACCUGUGGAGCUUUCCUAUCAUCAGAAGCUUUCCCCCUCCAGACUCAGAUCAUCUCCUUCCAUUGCCCACUUUGUGUCUCCUCUCCCUUCCCAUUUCCACCUGCCUAAGUCAUUCUCCACAGCAGGGACCCCGAGGAAGCUCUCUCUACCUACCUGACCCUCCAGUCCUUAGCCUCCAGACCCUUGCAACAGAGGCUGCACAUCGGAAUUACGUGUAGAGGUAUAAAAAUAAUACAGAUGGCCUCAAAUCUACUGACUCAGAAUCUCCAGGGGUGAGGCCCCAGCAGGCGAGCUUAUGAAGCUCGCCAGGUGAUUAUGAUGUGCAGCUCGAGUUAGGAAGCACCAGCCUGGCUCAGGGGCCCCAUCUGUCCAACAAACUAUUCUCUUUUUUUUAAUGCUUUUUGGUGAGGAAGAUUGGCCCUGAGCUAACAUCUGUUGCCAAUCAUCCUUUUUUUUUUUCUCCCCAAAGC